UUUAUCGUAAUACCUGAAGAAAAUAACAGCGUUGACAGGUCGGGGGUACAGCAUUAGAGACUCAGAACCUACAUCAGAUUCCAGCACUAGUUGUUAAUUAAAGACCGGUUUAAAACAUGAAAGAUGUCCCGGGAUAUUUGGUUCUUCAACAGAGCACGAGCGCCAGCCCUGAAAUGGCGGCACAGUGGCACGAGCUUGAAGAUUUGUACAACAGAAAAUUGUGGCAUCAGUUAACGCUGAAGUUGACGGAGUUUGUGAAAGACCCUUAUUUUAAAACUGGAGACACUCUUAUCCAGCUCUAUGAAAACUUUCUCAGUGAUUUUGAGCACAGAAUAAACCCCCUCUCUCUGAUGGAAAUUAUACUCGAUGUUAUUAGACAAAUCACAGACCCAAAUGAUGCAAUUACCUUUCUUGAGAAGACCAAAGAAAAGGUGAAGAGCAGUGACGAAGCUGUAAUCUUGUGCAAAACAGCUAUCGGGUGUCUGAAAUUAGAGAUCAAUGACCUCGCUACGACUAAGAAACUGAUAGAGGAAGUGGAAGAGAUGCUUAAUAAUUUGCCUGGCGUAACAUCAGUCCACGGGCGUUUCUAUGAUUUAUCCAGCAAGUACUAUCGAUUUGUGGGAAACCACGCGCUGUACUACAAGGAUGCGCUGAGAUAUCUCGGCUGCAUAGACAUAAAAGAUUUAUCUGAGACGGAGAAACAGGAGAGAGCGUUUACACUGGGGCUCGCGGGACUGCUCGGUGAGGGAGUGUAUAAUUUUGGAGAACUCCUGAUGCACCCAGUGUUGGAAUCUUUAAGAAACACGGACAAGCAGUGGCUUAUAGAAACGCUGUGCGGCUUCAACAGUGGCAACGUCAUCAAGUUCAAGUCUUUAAAGUCAGCCUGGGGUCAGCAGCCAGAUCUUGCAGCUCAUGAGGUCAAACUGAUGCAGAAGAUUCAGCUACUCUGCGUAAUGGAGAUGACUUUUACACGGCCCACCAAUAACAGACAGCUCUCAUUCCAGGAAAUUGCACAGCGCGCCCAAAUCCCAGUGAGCGAGGUGGAGCCGCUCAUGAUGAAAGCACUCUCAGUUGGAUUGAUAAAAGGCAGCAUUGAUGAAGUGGAUCAGACUGUUCAGAUGACAUGGGUUCAGCCAAGAGUACUCGAUUUACACCAGAUUAAGGGCAUGAAUGAGCGGCUGGACUUGUGGUGUAAAGACGUGAAGAACAUGGCAGUGUUAGUGGAGCAGCGAGCCCAGGACGUCCUCACUUAACACAACGUAUCAAUCCUAUCAACACUCAUUCCACUAGUCCUUUUUUCCUUUGUGUUUACACUUUUUACGUUGCCAUUGAGGAUUUUAAUUUCCACAGUAAAUGUGAGCAUAUAUUUUCUAUUGGGUUCUGUGCAAUUUUAGCUUUGUGGGUUUUUUGUUUUUCUAGAUGCAUUCAAUUAAUAGAAUACCACUAUGUAUUUAUCAUUCCUGAAAAUGCAGUUAUAGUCCAGAUAAAGAAAUGUUUAUUCUAUAAUAAUUGUAGAUAAAAUACAGGUCAAGAAAAAUUCCUUCCAUACUCAUUCCAUAGAAAUAGCCUUGUGAAUUAAGGCACCGUAUAAAAUGUCAUUGUCAGGAAUUUCAGAUAUAAUAUUUCUUGAAGUACAAUAUAUCUAUUCUUGCUGUUUGACACGUUUCGAAUUACUGACAAAAAAUUUAAACCUGCAUAUGGAUACAUAAGUCAGAAGUCUUUUAUUUAUAUAUAUAUAUAUAUAUAUAUAUAUAUAUAUAUAUACACACACUGUAUAUAUUCAAAGCUUGUCCAGGACAGGGUAAUAUUUCCUUUAAACAACUUGCUAGUUGGCCUUAGGUACUCCUCCUUGUGAAAAUGUAUUGUGUUGAAAUAUAAAUGCGGUGUUAAUAUAUUAUUGACAUAUCACAUAUCCCUACAUUGAUGUAGUGAUUGAAAUCAAAUUGUAGUCCAUUGCUGUGCAAGUCAAGAAUAUUCUGCUGCUAAUUGUAAAUAUCUCAAAUCACAUAUCACAGGGUUGAAGAAAAAAAAAAAUCAAUUAUAAAUUGAUCAAUUAAGCUGACCAGAAUUUAGACUACUGAUUUACUGAUGGGUGACAAAUUAAAGAUAAAAAUAAAAACAGCUCUUGUAUACAGUGGGGUGGCGGCAUUUAUUUAUUUUACCAUCCACAGGGCUCACUGAAUACUAAAAUGAAGAUCAAAAUGAUGUACAUCAUAUGUCAUGGGCUUCACGCUCACCAGAUCUCAACCAAAAUGAACACCUGGGAGGUUUUGAAAGAACAGUGUUCAUUACUGUUCUGGUGAUUCAUUGUGGCCCAACACCUUACUAACACACUUCUUAAAUGUGUUCAUUUUUCUUUUAAUUUGUCACCUGCCUGUAAGUGUACGUAUAUGGCUGCAUAUUGUACGCCUCCUGCAUUAGUGACUAAAGUCAAACGUAUGACCUGAAUGCCUGUGUAUGUUUUUUAUUUCAGUUUACACUUAAUUUGGAACAAGGAUACAAAUCAAUAUUCAGUUUCAUGGUUUUGUAAAUUAUGAAUUAGAAUGAUUACGAUUUCCGCGUUUAUCUAUAGUAGCAACAUGGUUGUAAGAUGAUGAUGAGGAUGGUGGUGGUGGUGGUGGUGGUGGUCUGCCAGUUAGAAGUAACUAAUCCAAGUUAUUCAAUCAUCGAACUGUGUUUUGCAUUUUUGGAUUAAUGAUACAACAACUUUAGAUUAAUACCUACAUAAUUAUUAAAUGUCGGUGUACAGUGAAAUCCAAAAUAUUUGGCACCUUUUAUGAGAAUGUGAGGAAAAGUAGUGUACAAAAUAAGCAUUACACACUACGAGUCAAAUUUUUCACUUAAGGAAUUUGUGAAAUUAAAUGCCUUUCCACUGAUGAAAAUCAUUAUUAAAAGAAAUUAUUUGAAAUUGUAAAAUUUUAGAAAAGAAAACAUUACCUUAAAAAUAAAUUGCUCUUAUUUAGCAGCCAGAAAUCAUUGUAUUUGAACAACCUCGUUGUGCCUUUUACUCAAAUAUGAGGUUGCAUACAUGUAAAAUUUCAUUUUCUUUAUUUUAUCCAGGGAAGACGUCAUUAAAUGUUCGUUGAGUGGCUGCCAAUAAUUUUGAAACCAGUGUAAUAUGGAUUUUACAUGUGUACAACCUCAUAUUUGGUCAAAAGAAGCAAAAAAUUCAAACACAAAAGUACUUUCUGGCUAGCAGAAAGAGCAAUUUAUAUUUAUAUAAGUUUUUUUUUCUUGCAAGGAUGACAAUACGUUAGCAUUCAUUUGGAAUUAAUUUGACAUAUUGUGUGAAAAUAAAACAUCAUCUCUGUUUUUAAGCUCAGAAUUUCA